UGAUGGCACAGGAGCGGACAUUUUGACAGCCACUAUCCAAUUACAAGCUGAAUUGUUUACACUCGUGCCCGUUUUUUUCUCCGGCACGUAACUAUCCAACGUCUUGAUUAAAUCGUCAGACUCUUAGGUUCUCGGGUUUUAGAUGCCGUUCUGCGGAAUGACCACGUGUACCGUUGCGUUUUCAUAAAAAAAUAAUAAUACGUUUCCGUGCUGAGAAACGUUCAUGUUUUCUUAGUCAGAAUAUCAACGUGUAACACCAGCCCGUAUGAAACAGGCUUUUCAUCAUUUACGGCUGUUUAUCGAGUGUUUUUUCUCCACACGUUUAUCGUCUAGAUCAAACGGGAGUUAUUACACGCGUGCUUUCGGACCUGCGUUUGUAACGAAUCACCGAUCGAUCUGUUUUCGAACCUCUCACUUGCGGCUUCACGUGUUAAUCAGCAUGUAUAAAACAUCCGUCUGUUCACGUAGUACCGUGUCUUUAGGGUCGUAUCUGUACAUCUCUGUCCACGUCUUUCUAAUAUCCGGCACGCGCUCGGCGCUUUCAUGCCACGUCGUCCGUGCUGCAAUGCCGGCGUGUUACAACGCGGAGCAUCUCUGCCGUCAGUGGGGUUUUGCUUCCUGUUGCCAUGGCUACAGCAGUAUGCUCCGGAGUGGCCGUCGUUAGGUUCGUCUCGACAGGCAGAACCGAAGAUGCGUUUGUGUGUAGGUGUACGCUUUCUGAAUCUCAGUGUGAAGGAUGAAGCGGGCGUGGACAUCAGAUUGGAUUAGUGAUGUGUUGAGUUUUGUCUUUAGUGUAAAAAAAUAAAAAAGAGCAAUCUGAGACGUUGAAUGUACUACUAGAUUGUCAAGUAGCUGACAAGCUGAGGAUUUAAUGAGCUCGACUGUGUUUCUGUAGUAAUAUCUGUGAUGUCAUUUUAAUAAGAAAUCCAACGCAGAGGUAGUAUAGGCGAUGGUCCGACUCUAGACUCGAAGUCCCAGAAUGCACCGUGGCUGUGUGAAACAUACGAGUUACGGCAGAGGCUCGGCUGGUUAAGGGAAGACGAGCGAUGGCAGCACGAAUGGUGAAGCUACGGAAGCUGAUCUGUUUGAGCGGACUGCUAAAGGAUUAAAGUGCCGCUGCAGCAUCUCAGUGUUUAGCAGGGGGGGUCGAAUGAUACUGUAAUCAGAGCAGAUGAAUGUUGAUUGUGAAAUAUAUAUAGACACAUACACACAGAAUGAAUAACAAAAGGAAGGGUCUGCCACCGGGAUCAUCGCUUUUACUCAUUGUUAUGGCUUGGAAAAAAAAGAGGAAGGUUGUCACUGCAUGACUGAAUGGAAAGUUGAAAUGGCUAGUGCGCUGUCUAAUACACGCAGACGGGAAAAUACGGCUCAUGUUUUGGUCAGCAUUGUGCUUUUUCAGCUGCUGUCUCCAACGAAAAACAGAAAACCAAAAACAAAAAAAAACCACUGGAAUCAAGUUCUGACUGUGCUGUGGCCUGCCAUGUGGCACGGAGACGGACAACCUUUUUGCUUUCUCCGUCCUGUGUGUGUAGCUGUAGGCUCCGCCCACUACUUCCACCUUCCACACCUAAAAGUGGCAUGAGGGCAAAACGAGCUCGCCGUGUCAUUGUGAGUAGCGAUAACAAACGUAGCACGAGAACACCUCAGUUAUGGACUCCCAUACUGGAGAGAUUUCCCCAAAGACCACCACAGUAUUUAAGAUCACUAACGGACCCCUACCGGGCUCGAGGAAGCGGCCGUCGGAGGGCAACUACGAGAAGGAGAAGGACGUGUGCAUCCAGCUGUUUGACCACUGGUCCGAGGCCGACCAGGUGGAGUUUGUGGAGCAUCUGAUAUCACGCAUGUGUCAUUAUCAGCACGGCCACAUCAACUCCUACCUCAAACCCAUGCUCCAGAGGGACUUCAUCACGGCGCUGCCUGCUCAGGGUCUGGACCACAUAGCGGAGAACAUCCUGUCGUUCCUGGACGCGCGCUCGCUGUGUUCGGCCGAGCUGGUGUGUAAGGAGUGGCAGCGCGUCAUUUCGGAGGGAAUGCUGUGGAAGAAGUUGAUCGAGCGCAUGGUGCGAACCGACCCGCUCUGGAAAGGCCUCUCCGAGAGACACCAGUGGGAGAAGUACUUAUUCAAGAACCGCACUACAGAAGUUCCGCCAAACUCCUACUACCGAUCUCUAUACCCCAAAAUCAUUCAGGACAUCGAGACCAUCGAGGCGAACUGGCGCUGUGGACGACACAACCUUCAGAGGAUCCAGUGCCGGUCUGAGAACAGUAAAGGAGUCUACUGCCUCCAGUACGACGACGACAAGAUCAUCAGCGGCCUCCGAGACAACUCCAUCAAGAUUUGGGAUAAGCAGUCUUUGGAGUGUUUGAAGAUUCUGACAGGACACACAGGGUCAGUGCUGUGUCUGCAGUACGACGAGCGAGUCAUCGUUACCGGCUCCUCAGACUCCACUGUCAGGGUGUGGGACGUGAACUCGGGCGAGGUGCUGAACACGCUGAUCCACCACAAUGAGGCCGUGUUGCACUUGCGCUUCUGCAACGGCCUGAUGGUGACCUGCUCCAAAGACCGCUCCAUCGCCGUGUGGGACAUGGCCUCGCCCACCGAUAUCAGCCUGCGCCGCGUGCUCGUCGGUCACAGGGCCGCCGUCAACGUGGUCGACUUUGAUGACAAGUACAUCGUCUCUGCCUCUGGAGACCGCACCAUCAAGGUGUGGAGCACAAGUACCUGUGAGUUUGUACGCACUCUGAAUGGCCACAAGCGAGGAAUCGCCUGCCUACAGUACAGAGACCGGCUCGUGGUUAGUGGCUCUUCGGACAACACCAUCAGGCUAUGGGAUAUCGAGUGUGGCGCCUGUUUGCGGGUUUUGGAAGGGCACGAGGAGCUAGUGCGCUGCAUUCGCUUCGACAACAAGCGGAUCGUCAGCGGCGCCUAUGACGGAAAAAUUAAAGUAUGGGAUCUGCAGGCUGCAUUGGAUCCACGAGCUCCAGCCAGCACUCUGUGUCUGCGAACACUGGUGGAGCACUCGGGCCGUGUGUUCCGGCUGCAGUUUGACGAGUUCCAGAUCAUCAGCAGUUCCCAUGACGACACCAUCCUCAUCUGGGAUUUCUUGAACGUGUCUGCUAACGGACAAAUGGAAGGGCGGUCGCCAUCACGCACGUAUACGUACAUAUCCAGAUAGCAGGGCGGCCCAGGAAGCGUGCGGAGUGUGUGAGUGUGUGCGCGCGGGGACUGUCCUGAUGACCGAGUCUCUGUGGUUAAGUGUGCCAGGAUCAGAGGUCGAGGAACGCCACCCCCCUGUCCUCCUCCCCUCACCCCACCGUCCUCUCUCUCUUUUAGUCUUCUCCUCUCCUUUUUUUUUAAUUUUAUUUUUUUUUUAGUUAAAUUCUGAGCCCUUCUUGAACACACACACGUGCAAAUGCACACCGAGCAACCCUCUCCGCUGAGUAGGGGGAAGAGAAGAUGGAGAGAGGGGGACACCACUGAGAACGAGUUCACAGCUCCGCCUUUACAGCAGGCCUAGCCCCGCCUCCGGGCCCAAGGACUAUUUAUCUCUUGAUAUUUUUUUUUUCUCUUUUUUUUUUUUAUUGUUUAUUUUUUUUGGUUGGGGGGAAAAAAAGAAAACAGUGGAAGUGAAUCUUCCGUGAGGACUGUGUUUGCAUGAAUGAAUGAUGGGACUGUAAAAGAUGGUCAUGCCUCGUUUCUGUCUUUAUUGUUUUGCUUUGUUUUGUUUUUUAUUGUUGUUUUCCUUUCUUUCUUUUUUUGGAAAUUGGGAGAUCAGCUUUGUUAUGCUUCUUUUGUGGUGACGUACUAAUACCUGUAGUUUUCUUCUUUUCAGACCCCCCCCCGAGUCUGUCGCUCUGUUCCCUUCCACGUCCUACGCUAGCUCUAGUUUUAUCUCUCUCUUAUCUCUUCUUCCGUCUUGGUCCCUUUCGCUGUCUGCUCGUCUAGGUUCCGAAUGACCCCCUAACUGAACGCAGUUUAGUUGUAAACAGAAAUGUCUCGUCUCAAAUGGUGUUGUAUAUUGAAAAGAUUUUUUAAAGGAAAAAAAAAACAUUAUUAUUAUUAUUAAUAAGAAUAAAGUACUUGACUGUGAAGGAGUGUUAACAAACUGGCAA